CCUUAAAUUAUCAUCAUCACAGAAAGACGCAAGGAAAGAGAGCGACAAUGAAUCCCUCUAGCUUUCGGUCAAAAUCAAGCAUUGAUGUCGAUGAAGCCAUUAAGAACCAAAACGACAUAGCGCUGGUCGUUUCGAAGGACCUCUUCUCUACCAAAGCCAAACAUUCCAACUCCGUUUUCUCACCAGCGUCGAUAAACACCGCACUCACUUUGGCGGCCUCUGGUCCCGGCGAUUAUUCAGGAUCCGAAGAGAUCCUCUCCUUCCUGAGGGCUUCUUCAACCGAUGAGCUCAACGCGAUCUUCAGCAAGAUCGUUCCCAUCGUCUUCGCCGACCGUAGCGCGAACGGUGGACCGAAGAUCUCAUCCAUCAAUGGUGUCUGGGUCGAGAAAACGCUACCCGUUGAUUUGUCCUUAAAGGAUCUCUUUGAGAAUUUCUUCAAGGCUGUUUUCGAUCGCGUAGACUUCCUAUAUAAGGCUGAACAAGUGCGUAGAGAGCUGAAUGAAUGGGCUGAAGCUCAUACCAAUGGGCUCAUCAAAGAUCUUCUUCCUGAAGGAUCAAUUACAGACCAAACCUCCUAUGUUUAUGGCAACGCAUUGUACUUCAAAGGACAAUGGGAAGUUCCGUUCGACAAGUCUUACACAAAAGACAAAGAGUUUCACCUUCUCAGUGGGACCUCAGUGUCCGUGCCAUUCAUGAGAAGCUACAAGGACCAAUACAUAAAGGCUUAUGAUGGUUUCAAGGUCCUCAGGAUACCUUAUCGACAGGGCUGUGAUGGUGAUGUCGACAGUGGCAGUUUCUCAAUGUACUUUUAUCUCCCGGACAAGAAUGAUGGAUUGGACGGUCUUGUCAAGGCAAUGGCAUCUGAUUCUGGAUUCUUGGAUUGUCAUGUUCCAAGUCGCAAAGUUGCUGUUAAUGAAUUCAGAAUCCCUAAGUUUAAGAUUGUUGAUGAAGUAGACGGCAAAGACUUGGGAUUAUGUUCAACUUUGUUGUACCAUAAAGCAUGCGUCGAGAUCGAUGAAGAAGGCGCUGAAGCAGCUGCUGCCACUUUUGUAGUUAGUUUAGGGUGUGCAUAUAUGAAGCCUCCAGAGGAGAUAGAUUUUGUGGCAGAUCAUCCAUUUUUGUUCUUAAUUAGAGAAGACACAAUUGGAACUGUUUUGUUUGUUGGUCAGAUCAUGGACCCUUCCGACAAAUCUUCUUAGGCUAUGGGGUCAAGGUCCAACAGGGAUUCCGGUUUGGUUCUAUGGCAAAGAGUUGAAUUUUGUUUGAGCUUUUAUUCAUUAAUGAGUUUUAUGAAUCAAUUGAUUUAUAUUUAUAUGUUUGUUUA